CAGAGAGAGCAUGCAUGUGAGUGACACCGAGCACUAUCAUCAGCUCUACCCUGCGGCCGCUCUCAGUCUCUCUAUCCUCUUCCCAAAGAGAGACAGAGGAAGUCACGCAAGUUAAAAGAAUACACAUACACAGCUUUCCUUUUUCUCGUGCAGCCAGAGGCAGGAGGACAGGAGCUGCGAGACGCACGAGUAAAGCGCAACUUGUCUUUGGCUGCUGCCCACCCAGAGCUUUUUACUCAGCAACAAGCUCAAGAGCGGUGCCACUCAGUGCGCUCAGCCUGAAGAGGACAGAGGAUGCUAAACAACAUGACGGACUGUGAGGAGGGAGAGGGGGGACCCAACAGCCAGGGAGAUGGGAACCCUAAAGAGAGCAGUCCUUUCAUCAACAGCAGUGCAGCCACUAACAUGGAUAAGAGCCAGCAGUAUGAUGGCAAUAAUAUGGCUCUGUUUGAGGAAGAGAUGGAUACCAGUCCCAUGGUUUCCUCUCUGCUCAGCACUCUGGCUAACUACUCCAACCUGCCAACGGGCAGCAAAGAGCACGAAGAGGCUGAGAAUAAUGAGGACGGGUCACGUCCAUCUAAAAAACCUGUCAAGGCACCUCAGCUGGGCACUCUAAUGGGAGUGUACUUGCCGUGUAUCCAGAAUAUUUUUGGGGUAAUCCUCUUCCUGCGGAUGACAUGGAUGGUUGGGAUUGGAGGCGUCUUUGGCUCGUUUAUAAUCGUCUUCAUGUGUUGUUCUACAACCAUGCUCACAGCCAUCUCCAUGAGUGCCAUUGCGACAAAUGGAGUUGUACCAGCUGGAGGCUCGUAUUACAUGAUCUCUCGCUCUCUGGGGCCCGAGUUUGGCGGUGCUGUCGGAAUCUGCUUCUACUUGGGCACCACUUUUGCGGGUGCUAUGUACAUUCUCGGCUGUAUUGAAAUUCUGCUGAUUUAUAUUGUUCCCCAGGCAGCCAUCUUUAAGAUUGAGGGCCUGGAGGGCCCCGAAGCAGAAGCAGCAUUGCUCAACAACAUGCGAGUGUACGGCACUAUUGUGCUGAGCUUGAUGGCACUGGUGGUGUUUGUGGGGGUCAAAUAUGUCAAUAAGUUGGCACUGGUCUUCCUGGCCUGUGUCAUACUUUCUAUUCUGUCUGUCUAUGCUGGAGUCAUCAAGACUGCCAUUGACCCCCCUGUGUUUCCUGUCUGUCUGCUGGGAAAUCGAACUCUUCUUUCUAAAGGAUAUGAUGUCUGCGCAAAGGUCAUUGAGAUAGACAACGAGACUGUCACCACCAAACUGUGGAGGAGCUUUUGUGAUUCGGAGUACCUCAAUGCCACUUGUGACGAAUACUUCAACAAUAACAAUGUUACAGAGAUACAAGGUAUUCCAGGGGUCACUAGUGGCAUCCUGGCAGAGAACCUGUUUGGUAACUAUCUGGAGAAAGGGAUGAUUCUGGAAAAGCGUGGACUUGUAUCCGACGUGGAUCCAGACAGUCCCACAACGAGCUCAAACCGCUACGUUCUAGCAGAUAUCACCAGCUUCUUCACUCUGCUGGUGGGAAUUUAUUUCCCAUCUGUCACAGGUAUCAUGGCUGGCUCCAACCGCUCCGGAGAUCUGCGUGACGCUCAGAAGUCAAUCCCUAUCGGCACCAUCGCAGCCAUUAGCACCACGUCAACUGUGUACAUGUCCUGUGUGGUGCUGUUUGGUGCUUGUAUAGAAGGAGUCGUCCUAAGAGACAAGUUUGGCGAAGGGGUCAGUGGCAACCUUGUAAUAGGUACGCUGGCAUGGCCGUCCCCGUGGGUUAUUGUAUUUGGCUCCUUCUUCUCCACCUGCGGAGCGGGACUUCAGAGUCUGACAGGAGCUCCCCGUCUCCUCCAGGCCAUCUCAAGGGAUGGCAUCAUCCCCUUCCUUAGAAUCUUUGGGCACGGUAAAGCCAACGGGGAACCCACGUGGGCACUUCUACUCACAGCUAGCAUCUGUGAGAUUGGCAUCAUCAUUGCCUCUCUGGAUUCAGUCGCACCAAUCCUCUCCAUGUUCUUCUUGAUGUGCUACAUGUUCGUCAAUCUUGCCUGCGCCCUGCAGACGUUGCUGAGGACCCCAAACUGGAGACCCAGAUUUAAGUUCUACCACUGGGCUCUGUCUUUCCUGGGUAUGAGCUUGUGCUUAUCACUCAUGUUCAUGUGUUCCUGGUAUUAUGCAAUUGUGGCUAUGGGCAUCGCCACCUGCAUCUACAAAUACAUUGAGUUCUGUGGAGCUGAGAAGGAGUGGGGUGAUGGGAUACGUGGGAUCUCGCUCAGCGCUGCUCGCUUUGCUCUGAUGAGGCUGGAGGAGGGACCACCACACACAAAGAACUGGAGGCCUCAGAUCCUGGUCCUAGUGAGCAUGGACGCUGAGCAAAACAUCGAGCAGCCUCGUCUUCUAUCUCUGACCAAUCAGCUAAAAGCUGGGAAGGGUCUGACUAUUGUUGGCACCUGUGUUCAAGGAACCUUCCUUGACAAUUACACUGAAGCUCAUAAGGCAGAUCAGUCGUUGCGUAAGUUGAUGGAGACAGAGAAAGUAAAGGGCUUCACUCAGGUCGUCAUCUCCUCCAACCUCAGAGAUGGAACAUCCCACUUGAUUCAGGUUGGAGGACUUGGAGGUCUGAAGCACAACACGGUGAUGGUCAGCUGGCCCCGUAACUGGAAACAGCCUGAGUGCCACCAGGAAUUUAGGAACUUCAUUGAGGUGGUUAGAGAGACAACUAUAGCCAGUAUAGCCUUGUUGGUUCCUAAGAAUAUUUCCAGCUAUCCAUCCAAUGGAGAGCGUUUCACUGAAGGCCACAUUGACGUGUGGUGGGUUGUCCACGAUGGAGGCAUGCUAAUGCUUCUGCCUUUCCUCUUGCGCCAGCAUAAGGUGUGGAGGAAGUGCAAGAUGCGUAUUUUCACUGUAGCUCAGAUGGAUGACAACAGCAUCCAGAUGAAGAAAGACCUCAUCACCUUCCUCUAUCACCUGCGCAUUGACGCCGUAGUGGAAGUGGUUGAGAUGCAUGACGGUGACAUCUCAGCCUAUACCUAUGAGAAGACACUGAUAAUGGAGCAGCGAUCACAGAUCCUCAAACAAAUGCAUCUGACCAAGAAUGAAAUGGAGAGAGAGAUCCAGAGCAUUACAGAUUCAUCCCGUGGGUCCAUACGACGUAAAAAUCCAUCUGCCUUGCGGUCACAGCGAAGCGCUGAGGAGGGAGCUGGUGCAGCAGAAAAACUAGAAGAGGAGCCUGGGGCCGUCUCCAACCCAAAACAGGUACAACUGAGCCACAGUAAGAAUGUCUCCACACCAACCAGCCCCACAAGCCCCACGUCCCCUGCUGCACCUGCAGGUGGUGCUGUCGUCUGGCCCGACAACAAGGGUGCGGAAAAGGAGAGGAGCCUCCUAACAGCAACCUCGGAAGCGGGCAAAGACUUCUUACACAUGAAGCCGGAAUGGGAGAACUUGAACCAGACGGACGUGAGGCGUAUGCAUACAGCAAUGAGGCUCAAUGAGGUCAUCACGAAGAAGUCCAAGGAGGCAAAACUUGUCCUGCUCAACAUGCCGGGACCACCAAAGAACCGUACUAAUCAGACCAACCCUAUGCACAAUGCAGUGUACAGGGACUACCCUUUCUUUAUAGACAUACACUUCAUGAUAUUCGUGGGUUUCGGGUGCCUGCUGGCAUUUUUCCGAUUCUAUGGUUUUGGGGGGAUGGUUUUCAACUUCCUCACAGCUACUUUUGCCAUCCAGUGGGCCAUUCUGGUGCAGGGCUACUUCCAGUUUAGCCAUGAUGGUAAGAUCCACCUUGGAGUGAUCAAUCUCAUAAAUGCAGAGUUUGCCUGUGCUGUGGUGCUGAUAUCGUAUGGGGCAGUGCUAGGGAGGACCAGUCCUUUGCAGAUACUGGUUAUGGUUCUGCUGGAGGUUCCUGUGUUUGCCGUCACAGAAUGGGUUGUGCUUAAGUAUCUGAAGAUCAAUGAUGCAGGAGGCUCCAUUCUCAUCCAUCUCUUUGCCUGCUAUUUUGGCUUGGGUGUCACUUUUGUGCUGUACAGGCCUAGUCUAAAUGAAGGCCACGCAAAGGAGAACACAAGUUACCAUUCUGACAUCCUGUGUCUAAUGGGGACCUUGUUCCUCUGGGUGUUCUGGCCCUCCUUUAACUCAGCUUUAGUCCUGAAAGGAGACGAUCAGCACAGGGCUAUCCUCCACACUUUCAUUGGACUAAGUGCCUCUACACUUACAGCCUUUGCACUCUCUGCUAUGCUGAAUAAAAAUGGCAAGCUUACCAUGGCUGAUAUUCAGAACGUGACCCUGGCUGGAGGUGUGACAGUCGGGGCAUCUGUGGAUAUGAUGAUAUCACCUGUAGCUGCAUACGCUCUGGGUGUAAUAGGGUGUAUUGCAUGCAUGCUGGGCUACAAGUAUUUGAGCCCCAUCUUGGCGCGACGUUUGAGGAUCCAAGAUCAGUGUGGCAUUCACAACUUGCAUGGACUAACCGGACUUAUAUCCUGCACUGCAGGGAUAUGUGCCAUACUGACAGCUAGUGAGGAGGUUUACGGCCCUAGUUUCUAUGAGAUCUUUGCCCACAGAGCACCAGUGGAAGGGGACCCCAAGCUACAAGAGCUACGGAUGGUGAUUCCCGGUUUAAAGGCAGGUUUGGGGAGGACUGCCCAAAAACAGGCUCUCUUCCAGGUUGCAGCUAUAUUCUCCACCAUAGGACUGUCAGCGCUGGGAGGCAUACUCACAGGCUUUCUCUUGAGGCUGCCAUAUUUUGCAUCUCCGUCUGACGAUUUCUGUUUUGAUGACGAGCCAUUUUUUGAAGUUCCUCCUGACUAUGAUUCACCAGUCAGACUUAAACACAGCAACACAAAUAGUGUAGAAGACUCUACUGUGUGAUGCUCAGCAGCCAAGGACUGUCAGUGCAUUUAACUGGCAUGAUACAGGAAAUAUAUAUAAAUGAGGCUAUGUUAUUGUUUGAGAGUAAAGAAAAUUAUUGCAAUGAUUGAAA